CCUACAACAUAUUGUCGCACAUAUUGUCUGCAACAACUACAUAUUCAGUGUAAUUCCACAAGUGCGAUCUGGAGAGGGUAGAGUCAGAGUCGAAUUCAAAAUUUGAAGGUCGCGGGUGCCACUAUUUUAUAAUACUAUCACUAGCCACAAAAGCUGAAUAUGAAGGACGAGUGGGUUUCAUUUAAUAAUGGGUUAAUCCAAUUAAGUCUAUUAAGGUCUUUUAUUCACAAAUAGUCAAAUAAGUUCGGUUUCAUCAAAAACAAAAAAUCACACUUGAUUUAUAAUUUUAAAUUCUAGUGAAGACCCAUAACUCUUGAAAGAGCCCAUCCAAUUAGAUAAUUUGCUAAAAAUAUAGUUUAAUUUCUACUUAUUUUUUCUAAUUAGAUUAAUUUACCUUCAAUAUUCUUGAGUUAGAUUUUCCGUCUUAAUUAUCAAGCUUUGUGAUAAUUCUUUGCAAAACAACAGCUUCAAACUUUCAAUCUUUGAGAAUCAACCCAAAAUGUCGGGUAAACAAAUCUUUUUUUUUUUUGAAAAUUUUACUUGUCAUAGCUACUUCUAAGACUUAUUUAUGAAUAGUAACUAUCUUUUAUUUUAUUUAUUGUUCAUAACUAAAAUAUUUUCUUAAAUUACACAUCAUAACUAGUGUCCUGUAUUUCACAAGUUUCUCUUUUAAAUUAAUUUUCUCUCACCUCUCAAAUCUAUUUCUCCCUUACCCUUCUCUUUCUCUUUCUCUUUCCGUUCCCUCUCCUGCCCUCAGAUCUGUGGGAUCUACUUCCCUUGCCUAGACUUCUAUUUUUGUUUUUUAAUGCAGACUUCUAAAUGUUUACAUAUCUGAAUUCUGUAAAGCAUCAAAUUACAUCUUUAUUUUGUAGUUGAAGCAACCAAAAAGUCACUUUUCCCCGAACAAAACAAGAUUGUGAAUGCAAAUAAGAAAACAAAAUGGUAGAGGGAGGAAUAUGCAAAGCAAAUAAAACAGAGUUCACAAAGAAGAUUUUAAAGAAGUUGAUUUUAAAGGAAGAUUUUAAAGAAGUUGAUGAGAAAACAUGGCUUCAAGAAACUAUUGUUAGUAUGGUUGUUGCUGGUGCAAUUUUUGGUGCUGCCUUUGGUGGUUGGCUUAAUGACAAGUUUGGAAGGAAAUUUUCCAUUCUCAUAGCCGAUGUUCUCUUCUUUAUUGGUUUAGUCGUUAUGGCUUUUGCUCCGGUUCCGUGGGUGAUUAUCCUUGGAAGGAUAUUCGUCGGUUUAGGAGUUGGAAUGGCCUCAAUGACAUCUCCUCUUUAUAUAUCAGAAGCUUCUCCUCAUAAGAUCAGAGGUGCCCUUGUCAGCACGAAUGGUAUUCUCAUUACUGUAGGACAUUUCCUUGCGUAUCUAAUCAAUCUGGCCUUCACUAAUGUAAUUAUUCCACCUCCGAUGAGAGUUAUGGAGCUUCAUGCUCACCAAGUGUUUGAUAAAACGUUUCAGUAUAUUUCGUUGUAUUUCAAUGUAUUUCUAAUUUAUGAAACAGUUUCUGAUAUAUUUCAUUGUAUUCCAUUGCAUAUACACAUACAAUAAUUUUAUAUUUCUUAAACAAUCAACCAUAUUUCAUUGUAUUCCAGUGUAUAUUUUUCUGUAUUUGAAAGUAUUUCUAAAAGUUUGGAAUGGAGUAAUUUGGAGAGAGAAACGUGGGUUGUUAUGGAACUUCAACAGUUAUGUGUGAUACAUGAUUAAUUUAAUUUGACUUACCAUUUAAAAUGAAAGAAGAGAAUCUGUUCCAUAAAUACAGCCUA